AAGCGUUAAGUCUCUCUCUCUCUUUCUUUCUCGCGUCGCCCCCAUCGUUGCUGGCGGAAGAGAGCUCUCUCGCCGGCGGCGGCGGGGAGGAGAAUCGGGAGAAGGAGGAGAUGCCGCACCGGGCGCGGCCGAUGACGGGGCUUCUGGCGUUCAUGGGAGUCAACCUCCUCCUCCUCAACACCAUCACCCCUGUCUACGACUUCGUCUGUUUCCACCCCUACUGGGACCGCAGGAGAGAACGCCGUCAAAGGGAACGUGAAGAGCUUCAGGUCAAGAGUUCUCUAGGAACUGCGAAAUAAAUUUUUUACUAGGUAUGUGCUUACCUCAUUACUCUAUCACGCCCUGGAUUCUUCAUUUCAGUUUGAUGGUGAAAGAUUGAUGAGGAAGCGAUGGUGAUGCUUUUCAGUGUCGGUGAUCAUUAGAUCUUGUUGCGAGAUGCUCUCUCAAAAUGCAUCAGCUCCUUGUAAUGACAAACCCAGUAACACUAGAUAUGUUGAAAUCGUUUCUUGAAACUACACUGUUAUGGUUUCUCAGCUUCUUGUAUUCAUCUGGCUGUUACAUAAGUAAAUCGAAUCAUCUAUUUGGUUCAGAUCUGUUGUAACAUAAGUUGAAUCAUCUGGCCUCACUAUAUAUUAUACGUAGUCUUCAAA